AACACGUUUUCUGCCCAGGGUUUCCCUAGUCAGGAGCCCAAUUCUGCCGUGUGCACAUUCCUGGAAAGAACCUGAGCUCAGAGAACAGACCUUGCAAAGCCUUCUUUCCUAUCCCCACAGUAUCCGGAACCAUAUCAGGACCACUAUGCAGUGGCUGGUGAGAGGCCGAAUUCUCUGGGGUGCCCACCUAUCCUACCACAGCCUUCGCCUAGCCCCUCAGCAAUUGCGCUACCAGCAUGUAUCAGGAGUUGGAGCCCCAACAUGGAGUGACCAAUACUAUCCCGAAGAAUUUAACUUUGCAAGCCAUGUGCUAGACUACUGGGCUCAAAUGGAGAAGGAAGGUAAGAGAGGUCCAAAACCUGCUUUCUGGUGGGUGAGUGGCCAAGGCAAAGAACUGAAGUGGAGCUUCAGAGACAUGGCAGACUUAACUCGACGCACAGCCAACGUCCUCACGCAGACCUGUGGCCUGCGACAGGGUGAUCAUCUGGCACUGAUUUUGCCUCGAGUGCCUGAGUGGUGGCUGAUAACUGUGGGCUGUCUCCGAACAGGGGUGGUCUUCAUGCCUGGGACCAGUCAGCUGAAAGCCAAGGAUAUCCACUACCGACUCCAAAUGUCUGAAGCCAAGGCCAUCGUGACAACAGAAACCCUUGCCCCAGAGGUGGACUCCAUAGCUUCUGACUGCCCAGCUCUGAAAUCCAAGCUUCUGGUGUCGGAUCACAGCCGUGAAGGGUGGCUGGACUUCCGGUCUCUGGUGAAAUCGGCAUCCCCAGAACACACCUGUAUCAAGUCAAAGACGGAGGACCCCAUGGUCAUCUUCUUCACCAGUGGCACCACAGGCCUCCCCAAGAUGGCGAAGCACAACCAGGGCCUGGCCUUACGAUCCUGCCUCUAUUCGUGCAGGCAAUUAUUACAGUUGAAGACAACGGAUGUCUUAUGGUGCCUGUCAGACCCAGGCUGGAUUCUGGCUGUCCUUGGAUGCCUGCUGGAACCAUGGGCAGCGGGGUCUACAGUUUUUGUCCACCACCUGCCCCAGUUUGAUCCCCAGGACAUUGUACAGACAUUAUUCCAAUACCCCAUCACUCAGUGCCUUGCUGCACCUGCUGUGUACCGAAUGAUUCUUCAGCAGAAACAAGCCAACCUCAGGUUCCCUACCCUGGAGCACUGCUCCACCGGCGGAGAGGCCCUGUUGCCUGAGGAGCAUGAGCAGUGGAAAAGUCGCACGGGCCUUCUGCUAUAUGAGAUCUACGGGCAGUCUGAAACGGGCAUCAGCUGUGGAGUUUCCCGAGGAAUGAAGAUCAAGCUGGGCUCCAUGGGGAAGGCCAUCAUACCCUUUGACAUCCAGAUCAUCGAUGAGAAGGGCAACAUCCUGCCUCCCAACACCGAAGGAUACAUUGGCAUCAGAAUAAAGCCUGUCAAGCCCAUGGGCAUCUUUAUAGGCUAUGAGAAUAACCCAGAGAAGAAUGCAGAAGUGCAAUGUGGGGACUUUUAUAACAGUGGGGACAGAGCAAAGAUGGAUUCCGAGGGCUACAUCUGGUUCCUAGGUCGGGGAGACGAUGUCAUCAAUGCAUCUGGGUACCGCAUUGGACCGUCGGAGGUGGAGAAUGCCCUGGCUGAGCACCCGGCAGUGGCAGAGUCUGCGGUGGUGAGCAGCCCGGACCCGAGGCGAGGGGAGGUGGUGAAGGCUUUUGUGGUCCUGACUCCCACGUACCAGUCCCAUGACCAGGAUCAGCUCACCAAGGAACUCCAGCAGCAUGUGAAGUUGGUGACCGCACCCUACAAGUACCCGAGGAAGGUGGAGUUUGUUGCAGAGCUGCCCAAAACUAUCACUGGGAAAAUUAGACGAAGUGAACUCAGAAGGAAGGAGUUUGGCCUGAAGUAGUCAAGAAUAAACCCAGCACAUUUGUCCUGGGACCUGAAUCUAAUCCAUGGCUGCCUCCGUUUCCUCACGGUGGGGUGAGGGUGAGGAUGGGGCUUUGACAAGAGUUGGUGGUCCCCCAAAAUGUUGUUCCUUUCCAUUGAGUCCCUCCCUAUCUUAGAUAUUCUAGAUUCUUUCACUUGGCCCUGGUGAGCUCUUGGGUUGGGAUGUGCAGAUAAAUAAAAGACAGGCCACAGUGCCAGA